UUUAUGCAGCAUGUUUAACACAGGGCAGAUACGCCCCCUUGAUCUAAGACAUUACAGAUGAAUCACGUUAAUGGCAUCGUCAUUUCCUCUCAUGUGGGAAAUCUUAGUGCCAGGAGUCACAUGCUUGUGGAGUCACUAAAGAUUAUCCAAGUAAGAGCACUGGCUUCCCGGUUGAUCAGAAAUGCUGAGUGGUGGAGCUGUAUUCACGUUCUUCAGUUGGGGAAGCGUUUGCAGCAGACGGAGUUAAAAUAAUAAUACAGUGAUGGCCUUGUCAGCAGAAUUAAAAAUGAACAUCGUUCUUGAUGCUAUUGGAAGAAGGGAAAUUGAAGAAGAUUCCAGCUGUCAUCACCCAUAGUGCAGUGUCAAGUUAUCAAGCAAUUUUGAGAAAUAAUGUUUAGGACAAAAAAAAGAGGACAACUAAAUACAGCAAUAGAUGAAGAGUCCUCCACCGUUAGACUGGCUGCAUAUGCCAAAAGCCCACAUAGAGCAUUUUUCGGUUAUUGUACAAAUGUGGGUCCAGCAAAAGCUCCAUUGUGCAUGUGCUUUACCAAAUCAGAUGACCCUCAACAAACAUGUUGAUAUGUUUGUCAGGUCAUAAAGAGAGAAUGGAUAAAGAGAUCUCAUUAUGGAUUUCUGCAUUACGGUAAAAAAGACACUACAAUGGGUAACAUCUUCGCCAAUUUAUUUAAAGGCCUGUUUGGGAAGAAGGAAAUGAGAAUUCUCAUGGUGGGCUUGGAUGCAGCUGGAAAAACCACCAUCCUGUACAAAUUAAAGCUCGGCGAGAUUGUGACCACCAUCCCAACCAUAGGUUUUAAUGUAGAAACUGUAGAAUAUAAGAAUAUCAGUUUCACAGUCUGGGAUGUGGGUGGCCAGGAUAAAAUCAGACCCCUGUGGCGCCAUUAUUUCCAGAAUACUCAAGGUAUGUUGACUCUCAAGAGUGUCCUUAAUGUUAAAGGGAUAUGGAAACUAAAUGCAAACUUAGACCUUCCAAAUGCCAUGAAUGCUGCAGAGAUCACAGAUAAAGUGGGUCUGCAUUCACUUCGUCAUCGAAACUGGUACAUUCAGGCCACCUGUGCCACUAGUGGAGACGGCUUAUAUGAGGGUUUGGACUGGCUCUCAAAUCAGCUCAAAAACCAGAAGUGA